UUUAACAAAUCGAUGUAUUUGUUAUUCCAGUUUUCUCAAAAAUGACUACAAAAUCGAUACCCGAAUGGUUUGCCAAUAAAAACGUUCUCGUCACUGGGGGCACUGGAUUCAUGGGAAAAGUUCUAAUUUCCAAAUUGUUACUAAGUUGCCCCGACAUUGGAGACAUCUUUUUAAUAAUCAGGAAGAAGAAAAGUUAUGAUUCGCAUGCAAGGCUGCAGCUCAUAUUGCAGCAAGAGCCAUUUAGGAUUCUUAGAGAACAGUACCCGGAACGACUGAAGAAACUGAUAGUUAUACAUGGUGAUACAAUCGUCGAAGAACUCGCUUUAUCCGCCGCGGAUAAGGAUCGCCUCACAAAUAACGUUUCCGUCAUCUUUCAUAUGGCCGCUAAUGUCAGGUUCGACAUGACAUUGAAAACCGCCAUCCAAACGAACACCAUGAGCGCUGCAAACAUCAUAACGUUAGCAAAGCAGAUGCCUCUACUAGAGUCUUUUAUUCAUAUGUCAACGUCUUUUUGCCAAUGUGGCGAGUCCGUAUUGGAAGAACGAGCUUACCCAUCUAGCAUCUCGCCAGAAACAAUCAUCAGCUUGGUCAAUACGAUGACGGAUGAUAUCCUGGAGUCAAUAAAACCGAAAUUAUUGGGCAAGCAACCGAACACGUACGCCUACAGUAAGGCACUCAGCGAGGAAUUGGUGUCGAAGUGCGGACUACCCGUAGGAAUCAUACGUCCGUCGAUAGUGGCACCGUCUUAUAAAGAGCCUGUGCCCGGCUGGGUGGACAACAUAAAUGGCGCGACUGCAGUAUUCGUCGGCACGGGCAAAGGGAUGAUACGAUCCAUACUCUGCAAAUCAAAUAACAUCGCCAAUCUAAUGCCCUGCGAUAUGGCCGUAAAUGCGACGAUCGCUCUGGCUUGGCAAGUCGGAACGAAGAAAUUUCCCAAGCCAAAAUUUCUGAAUGCCACGACAAACAUGGAGAACUCGUUUUCUUGGGGUAGCAUAUAUGUAAUCAUGAAAAAAUAUGUACGCCAAAACGCCUUCUCGCAACCGCUCUGGUAUCCCAGUGGAAGAAUGACCUCCUCCAAAAUUGUACACUGGCUUGCCCUCUUAUUCUUUCACAUUAUACCCGCCUAUCUGUUCGAUAUUCUACUCAUUGUCACUGGCAAAACACCCUUCAUGGUGCGAGCACAAAAUAGAGUAAACAACGGAUUAGAAUUGCUUCAAUACUUUACCAUGAAGGAGUGGAUCUUCCAUAAUGACAACCUACGCGAUUUGCAGCAUCAAUUAUGCCCCACCGAUAAAAGGACAUUUUUCAUGGACACGAAGCUCAUUCAGUGGAACGAAUAUAUAUUAGCGUACGUCUUGGGUACGAGGCAAUAUGUCCUAAAGGACGAUCCUUCGACACUACCACGAGCGAGACGAGUCUUGACGUACUUGUACUUCGCCGAUUGUCUGCUGAAAUUAGUAUUCGGGAUUUUCCUUAUUUGGAUAAUAUAUACAACUGGACGAUCACUGCUAAGUCUAUCAUAGCAAUGUUAGUCCAGUCGACAAUAUAAUAAGUGUUGAAUAUAAAACUUUCUUAGUCCUCUGCGAACACCUACAGAGCGAAAAUUAUACAGCGUAAUUCUUCAAACUACGAUUUAAGUCUGCGAUUAAUUAAUCUCUAUUCUUGAGAUUUUCAUAAAUUCCUUCCAACAGCAAAUAUUUUUUUAUUCGUGAGUUAGCCAAUUAGAUGAAUUUGAGGAAGAGAUAUUUGAUCUUCGCUUACUUGUCAAAAAUAGUUUGAACUAAGGACUAAAGGAGACACUAAUCAUACUUGAUAUAUAUAAUUAAACAUAAUUAUACGAAAAAAUCAAUCUUUGCAUCUUUCGAUAUUUAUAUUGCAAAAUGUUUCUAAAUGAACAUAAUAUCAUCAAUAAAAAAUAAUUCCCAUAUUUUUAA